AUCAUGGGGCUGUCUUGAGCUGAAGCCUGGUGUCGGGUCCCUGUUGCCGCUGUCACUGUCACUGCCGUGUUAGCUCUGGGUAACCUUCUGUGAGUGGUGGACCAGGGCUGUUGAACUGCCUGCCAUCUCAAAACCCAGCUGUGAGCCAGCGUGGCGGGGGCUGUGCCUCCGACGCCUGCAUGGAAGCCAGGAGCUGGGCUCCCAGAAGGCAACUGUGCCCGCAGGGGAGCAUGUUGCUGGCUUUUGCCUCUCUGCUCAGCUGCCUGCUCACCUCCAGCCAGGCCAAGGUCUACAGUCGCUGUGAGCUGGCCCGAGUGCUCCAGGAUUUUGGCAUGGAGGGAUACCGGGGAUCCACCCUGGCUGACUGGGUCUGUCUUGCUUACUUCACAAGUGGCUUCAACACAGCCGCUGUGGACCAUGAAGCCGACGGGAGCACCAACAACGGCAUCUUCCAGAUCAACAGCCGGAAGUGGUGCAAAAACCUCAACCCAGAGGUCCCCAACCUGUGCCAGGAGUAUUGCUCCGACUUGUUGAAUCCUAACCUUAAGGAUACUGUUAUCUGUGCCAUGAAGAUCGUGCAACAGCCCCAGGGUCUGGCCAGCUGGGAGGCCUGGAGGCGUCACUGCCAGGGCAAGGACCUCAGCGACUGGGUGGAUGGCUGUGACUUGUAGGAUCCUCUGUGGAUGGACCAGGUCACGCACAGCAGGCUGGGAGAUGUGGUUUGGUUUCUGAUCCAGGCUUGGGAAGACAAGCCAACCAAUAAAGUAUAGUCUAAC